AGACCAAAGCGAUGCUCGCUACCGGUAAAUUGAUCGAGAAAAGAAUCCCAGUUGCAAGUAAAUUAAAUACCACCGAACUUAAACAAGUGAGCUCACAAAAACUUUUAGGUGUCACAAUUGGUCAGAAACUCUCUUUUGAUGACCAUAUUGACGAACUCUGUAAUAAGCUCUGACAACGAAUUGCCGUGCUGAGUAAGAUUAAGUGAUUUUUUCCUUUGGAACAGAGGAAAGCGUUUUACAACGCCAUGAUAAAGCAAACAAUGCUGUAUGCCUCCAAUAUAUGGUCCGCGUGCUCCACUGGGAAUUUGCAGAGGGAUUUUCGUCCGGUCAGUAUAAAACAGGGACUGCCGACUGCGGACUGGGUAUAAAAUACGGACUAGGUAUAAAACGCGGACUGGAAAACACUGACUGGGUAUAAAACACGGACAAGGUAUAAAACGCAGACUGUGGACUGCGGACUGGGUAUAAAAUACGGACUACGGACUACUUUGGUAAAAACGGUGUUAAUUGGUUCUAGGUAAGGAAAAUUAAGAUCAAAAGAUCGCUAAAUAGCAAGACACGUGAGUUAAAGUUGUAAAUACUCCUAUAAAUCAGUCUUAGUGGAGGUGUGCCUCUCGGUUCUCUGAAUCAUAGGCGGGAUCAAAAUGCUAUUUUCUUCACCCAUUUCAUUAGACUUUGUCUCGGUCUCUAACAAUCAUGAAAGGGGUCAGGAUCAGGGGUGGUACUCCCUUAUAUAAUGGACGGCUGGGAGUUUUGGGCCUUUUGGUCUGAAAACACUUUGCCCAUUUUGGUGUGGAAUCGGGUAUGGUUUUCGAGGGAACUACGGGAGCGUACAUGAAUGGACGUAUUUAUCGUUUCAAUUCCAAAUGAAUAAGAACGUAAUAAAAAUGUGCGAAUUCGAAACGCAUUUGGAUAAUUUUUUUGUUUCCGCUCUAACUUGGGAAUGAUGAGAUAGUUGGGUCCGCUGAAUUGAGAAAGCGAAAACACGAAAAUAAAACGGGAGAAAACUGGGGAGUCUCCCCAACUAUCUGAGAGCCUGGAACAGGCUAAAUUAGGCCAGGUCCGAAAAUGGGUAUGGAUUUUAGAAAUCUGGUCUGAAAAAGGGUGUGGAAAAUGACAUUUUUUGGUCUGCAAUAAGGUCAGGAUUCGGAGAACCGGGCACCACACACCCACCAAGAAUUCCCAGUAGUACCACCCUCCGGGGAUCAGGAACAGGGUGUAAAUCAUGUAAUCAUAAUCAUCGCGUAGAAUAUAACGUUGGAUGACUCAUUUCGGUUAUUAUUUAAUUUGAAACGGAAUUGUGUCAUCCGAUAAGAAUUUUACUGAUCUGACUAACACCAAUACUAUUUUUUUAAAUUCGGUGCUUCUUAUUGGUUUAAAACUGCAAAUUGAAAUCUCUUCUAACUCCCCCUUUUCAUAAAAUUCAGAGUUUAAUUUCAGUUGCCUUGAGUACCGGCAUGACCUUCCUUCUCCGUGGGAAGAAUAGACUACGUGAACAGCUAAGGGAAUGUUAAAGCUGGGACUACUGUUUUUGCUAGUCCGCUUUCCAUUUCUCUCAGUUUUACCUUUCUAAAGUCGUUUUUAUAUACAUAGUCCGUAGUCCGCGUUUUAUACCUAGUGCGUGUUUUAUACUCAGUCCGGAGUCCACAUUUUAUACUUAGUCCGUAUUUUAAACCCAGUCCGCAGUCCGCAGUCUGCAGUCCGCAGUCCGCAGUCCGUGUUUUAUACUGACCGGUUUUUCGUCUCCAGAAGCGAAGUGCACGCAUUAUCCUUGACGCCGAAACGCGAGCAAACAGUGAUGAACUGUUUACGAGAUUGGAUUGGCUUCCCCUUCACCUUGAGGUGAAG